CCGAAAUACCGGUAUGUCUUUUGGCGCUGUUCUUUAUUUAUGCAUGCGAUGAAGAGAGACGUGUUAAGGGUUUUGGACGGUGACCACUCAGACCCAUAAUAAAGACUUUGUUUAACAUUCUUUCUCAGGCGUUGAAUUUGAUCUUCCAAUAAAGAUGGGUGGACUUAAGGUUGUGUUACUCGUACUAGGAAUAUUGAUGUUUGCAAUUCCAUGUUCCUAUGGAGUAUCAGUAGCGUGUAUGGAGGUUUAUGACGAGGGUCGUGCUCCUGCUGUUUUUAGAUCUCCGGAAUGCCAUGAUUGGGUUCUCUCUGCCAAAGCUCACCAAAAUGAAACUAUGAACUGCCAGUUUGAGACAACUCGGGGAAGAAGGAGAUAUCAAGAGGAUCGAAUUUCAUGCAAUCUUGAUAUGCAGAUACCAUUGCUUGGUGAAAAUGGGCAGGAAGACGUCGGGGUUGGUGUGGUGGCAGUCUUUGAUGGUCAUAUCGGAAAGGAAGCUAGUGAAAUGGCCUCAAAACUUGUGUUGGAUUAUUUUUUCGUGCACUCUAUGAUUGGCUCGUUCAAGAACUGGUUAUCAUUAAAGGAAGAACAAAAUCUGGCUUUUCAGAAUAGUAAUGAAGAUGUAGAACUAGAGCCGCGUAAAUCAACUAUUGCGAGUGGCAGUUUGGAAGGAACAUCACAGGUGAUACUGCAAGAAUCGACACGCAUGGGAAUCUUGCAGAAAGCGCUGGUGAAGACAAUCAAGGAUAUCGAUUCAGCGUUCAGCGAGGCAACUUUCGAAAACGAUUUAGCAGCAGGAUCUACAGCUGUUGUUGCUCUUCUGGUAGAUGGUCAAAUUUUAGUUGCCAAUGUUGGUGACUCAAAAGCCCUUCUAUGCUCUGAGAAACUUCCCCUGCACCGAGAGGCUGAUGGUGCAUCAAUCCCCUAUCUUUCUGUUAAAGAAUUAACUAGAGAUCAUAAUCCACAUAGAGAUGAAGAGAGAGCCAGGAUUGAAGCAGCUGGUGGCGUUAUCUCUUGGUAUGACACGCCUGUAAUCAACGGUCAUUUUCCUAUGACCCGUGCUCUUGGCGACAUUCCCUUAAAGAGGUAUGGUAUAAUAUCUGAUCCAGAAGUGACAGAUUGGCAACCUUUAGCCGCCGAUGACAGCUAUCUGGUGGUUGCAUCUGAUGGCAUAUUUGAGAGUCUAAAGCCACAGAAAGUAUGUAAUCUCAUAAGAGAUGCACACUUCCAAGACACAAAGAAAUCGAAGCAAUUGGAUUCUUGUUUAGACCAGUCCUCAUUAGCCAACUGCAUUGUUCGCACUGCUUUCAAGAAAGGCAGCACUGAUAAUCUGUCUGCCGUGGUGGUUCCUCUAAGGUCAGCCAGUUUUCCCCUGCGAAAUCCUGAAAGAAGGAUUUGGAAUUGGAUUAAGCUUUUUUCCUUCGUUUAGCACCUUGAUUGCUUUGUCUAGAGUUUUUCUUUCCUGUAAUUAAGAAUGAAUAUGAUUAGGAGUGAAAGAGCAUCGCCUGCAUUAAGAAUAGUAUUUUGUGAAAAGACCUACGCACUCCGAUGAAUUGAAAGCU